UUUAGAUAUUAAUUAAUAAAUGCUUUGUUUUAGUAUGACACUACAGUCCUUGAAUUUUGUUGUUAUUUGGGUUCAAUCAAUUCCUUCAUCUGAAGCUGAGAGGCAGCGCUAGGGUUGGUAAUGGGCCGGGCCAACAGUGGUGACCAUCCUCGUCCCGGAAAAAGGUGCGGGCGCGGGGUCAACGAUUCUCCGUAUCCAUCGAGGCGGUGACCCGACCCAUGGGAAUCUUUGUCCAACCCGACCCAUCGGCUACUGAAAAGCAACUUUGGUAGUUAGCUCAGCUCACACUUCAUCGUCGAAGGCUUUCUUUCACGGAGUAACGAUUGAUACUUCCUCUGUUUUUGUCGGCCAUGGAAAUUCUUGUCAGACGCUUUGCUUCUACCUAUGUUGCUCGGUGCUUGUCUACUUCACUUACCCGUUCCGCUUCCAAUUUUCGAACUCGGUUCCCUUCUAAGAUCGGUAGCCUUUGUAGUUUUUCCCACUCCUCCGUCACCACUGUAGAAGGUGAUGCUGCAGUAAAUUGCCUUGGAUUUCGUACAUGGCACAAUGGGGGUGGGACUUUCCACCACUCCGCUUCCAUUGAUCCAACAGCAGUUGUCGAGAUUGGUGCGGUGGUUCACUCGAAUUCUGUCGUUGGUCCAAGUGUGCAUAUUGGAUCAGGUUCUGUUAUUGGUCAUGCUGUUACAAUUGGUCAAUCAACAAAGAUCGGGUUUAAUGUUGCACUUAGUAAUUGCACCGUAGGUGAUUUUUGCGUUAUCCACAAUGGAGUAUGCGUUGGUCAAGAUGGAUUUGGAUUUUUUGUGGAUGAGCAAGGAACAAUGAAAAAGAAACCUCAAAUGCUGAAUGUCAAGAUAGGAAUGAAUGUAGAAAUUGGUUCCAAUACAUGCAUUGACAGAGGGAGUUGGAGAGAUACUAUCAUAGGCAAUAAUACAAAAAUUGACAAUUUGGUUCAGAUCGGCCAUAAUGUAAUUAUUGGAGAUUGCUGCUUGCUUUGUGGACAAGUGGGAAUUGCAGGAUCCGUGACGAUAGGGGACUAUGUAACAUUGGGUGGGAGAGUAGCUAUCCGUGAUCACGUAUCAGUUGGAUCAAAAACGUCUGCAGGUGCGGCUUGCUGCCUUGAGUUGUGUCACCAAAGACAUUAAGGAACCUGGGGAUUAUGGUGGCUUUCCUGCUGUAAGGAUUGUAUAUUGGUUUUACUUUUGCCUAUGUACAACAUUUUGAGGGUUCAAGAAUACUGAAUCAAACUUAUAGAUACCAAUCUCUGCAUGGAGAAGACAUGUCGCUAAGCAUUCUCUGGCAUCGAGGAAGAAAUGAAAUCAGAAAACUUCAAGCUCCUUUCAUCUGUUACGGACUAACAUCAUACGAGUUUGGACAUUCAAGUCAUGCAAGAGUGGAACUGGUGGAUUUUGGCUUUUUGAUAUCAUUCAUGGGCUGCUGGUGGAUUUUUGAUUUGAUUCAUGGGCAGCUGUUCGAGGAUGGGCAGAAGAAGCAGAGAAGUAAUAAGAUAACAAUUAUGAAAUUAAAUUCGAAGCUUCCACCAGAACAUAUCAUUCAAGUAAUACUCUCCAAACUCCCCUUAUUCAAAUUUACCUAUUUGCAGACUCGUUUGUAAAGCAUGGAACAAUCUUGUUUUAAGUUUUAAAUUCUUAAUUUCCACCAACUUCUUCUUGACCUACACUUUUCCGGCUUGUUAUCUCGAUUGUAUUGAUUUGGAUCUCAAACGUGUGUUAAAAGCUGGGAUCAGUAGUGGUUUGGGCACAUUUCAGUUGCAUCCAUCUUAUUUUAUCAACAUGCAUAAUACUAAACCUUAGUUGAUUCAACCCUAUA